GGAAGGAUAUUAUAGUUGGGAAUCGACAAGACUCGGUCACCAUGGCAACACACACCCUGCUCUUCUCUAUCCUGCUCCUCGGCUUGUGGGGAUGUCUCGCUCACGAUCUGAACGCUGACAACGGACAUCCUGUACUACCGCUGCCGCAAGUGCAUCCGCUCCUGUACCGAAACAACAUCCCGGCGCGUUGCGUGGCCAGCUAUGUGGCGGACGUGUCCUGCGCCGGCGUCGGCGAGGAUCAGCUGCUGCCGCAUCCCGCUGACUGCGAGCUGUUCUAUUACUGCGUUGGCGACGUUGCCAUCUGUCGGCAAUGCCCCGCCGGCCUGCACUUCAACCCCAUCAAGCACGUGUGUGACUACGCGAAUCGCGCCGGCUGCAGGCAAUAGCUCUUACAUCGGGAACAUUAUUCACUAAUUAAUCGGAUCGAUUGAACGGCUACAACUUUGACAUAGGCAUAACCUCUAUUAAUAAUAUGAAAUAAAUUAAGUUUGA